AUGAAUACAUCGAAUGUGAAACAUUUAACAAUUACUAAAACUAAUGAAAUAUUAAUAGAAACAAUAAUAAAUCAACUACCAAAUAUAGAUUCAUUAACAAUUCAAAAAUCUAUUUUAUUAUCAUUAUUAAAUAAUUGUAAAUUAUAUGAAUUAUUGAAAACAAAGAUUAUAAAAUUAGAUAUAUCUAUUAGUGAUUUUAUGGAUGAAGACAGAUUCUAUUCGUUAUAUGAAAAUUCUUCAUCAAAACAUAAACUAUCUGAAUUUGAUAUAGAAAAUCUUGAUGAACUAUUGUUUAUAUUAAAGAGUUAUCCAAAUUUAUCAAUGAUUAACUUAGGAUACAUUGGCUAUAAAAUAUAUUUAUGGAUUCAAUUAAAUUCAUUAAGUUUACAUAUUAAUAUUGAUUAUAAAUUAUUGAACGAUCCAAAUCGCUUGACAAAACCAAAAUCAUGUGAAUUGGAUCUUAUUGUAGAUUUGAUUUAUUAA